AUGGCGGACCCCGAAGCGAAAUCUGAGACAACUGCAAAGCUCACCAAUGCACAAGUUGCUAAGAGCGAUAGCAGUAGUCAGGUUCAUGUCGACAAGGGAUUAGAAAUCUUGAACUCUUACGAUGGCGAUAAAGAAUGGACACAAGAAGAGGAGAACAAGUUGCGCCGGAAAAUCGACUAUAGGCUGAUGCCCAUUCUAUGCCUUACAUAUGGCCUCCAGUACUAUGACAAAGCCAUGUUGGGACAAGCGGUAAGUUUCAAGACAUAUCAGAAGCAGGAAGUUUCGCUAGUAUUUGUUGUCCGAAGUCGCUAACUUACGGUGCAGGCGCUUUUUGGGCUUAUAACAGAUUUGCACCUAAACGUAGGCACCCGCUUUUCCUGGGCUUCUUCUAUCUUCUACUUUGGCUUUCUCGUUGGCGCGUAUCCUGCCAUGGUCCUAGCCCAGAGAUAUCCUAUCGAAAGAGUUGCCUCGGGUCUGGUGACUGUAUGGGGUCUAUGCCUGAUCCUAACGGUUGUUUGCACUACAUGGCAAGGGCUCCUUAUAGAACGUUUUUUCUUGGGAUUUCUGGAAGCUGGCAUUAGCCCAAUGUUCAUGCUCAUUGUUGGCAGUUUCUACACCAAGAGUGAGCAAGCUUUGCGAAUGGGGAUCUGGUACUCAUGUACCGGAUUUGCUGGAAUAUUCUCACCGCUUAUCAAUUAUGCUUUUGGCCUCAUCAAGGGAAGCGUUUCGAGCUGGCAUUACAUGUACCACUUUGCUGGAGCGUUCACAAUCGCAUGGGGUUUAGUAAUUCUGGUGAUUCUCCCACCUGACCCAAUCCGCGCCAAGGGAUUUGAUCAGCGUGAAAGAUACAUACUCAUCGCUCGGCUACGUACCAACAACUCUGGCGUCAGAAAUGAGCACUUCAAGGUUGACCAGGUGAAAGAGCUCCUGUUGGACGUCAAGUUUUGGCUGGCGUUCUGGAUGGCUACACUCUCCAUGAUUGCCAAUGCUCCUCUGUCCACAUUCAGCACCAUCAUCGUGUCUCAGCAUAUGGGCUUUUCAGGUCUCCACGCGCUGCUUCUGACGAUGCCCGUAGGGGCUUUUGCUGGAUUCUUCAUAGUGCUGUGCUCUUGGGGUGCCAUGAAGUUCAAGAAUUCCCGAUCAUACAUCUACUUUGGCGCUCAGAUGGUCACCGUUCUUGCAUCGCUGCUCUUAUGGCUGUUGCCUACCUCAGAAGUUGGUGCUUUGCUUUUUGCUCUAUAUAUUCUACCCGGUCUCGGUGGAGGGUAUGGUGUUCUGUUGGGCCUUUCUCUCGCAAACGCUGCUGGAUACACGAAACGCUCUCUCGCCUCAUCAGGAAUUUUCAUCGGGUAUUGUAUCGGUAAGUACAUCUUUUGUAUUCAUUUCUUGUCUGUUCUUUCGUGGAUUUCCAGAGCUUCACCUAACUUCCAUGCCCGCAGGAAACAUCGUAGGUCCACAGGUUUUCAGAACUAAAGAUGCCCCUGGCUACGAUCUUGGUUUCAUUGUUGUUGUAAUUACAUCCAUUGUUGCCGCUUUCCUCGGCCUGCUCUACCGCUUCUCAUGCGUCUGGGAGAAUCGAAAACGUGACAAGGGCGGUGUGAUGGAGGGUUUUGAUGAUGCAUUCAACGAUGAUUUGACAGACCAAAAGGUUAGUCGCAUCCUCGAACCUAAUUUCCCAUUUAAUCGUAAAACUGACAAAUUGCUCUUAGAAUCCGCAAUUUAGAUACAUCCUGUAA